AUACAUCAAUUAAUUAAAAUCCGGAAUUGCAUUGCAUUGCAGAAAUAAAAAAAUAUAAUAUUUUUAUUAUAUUUUUUCCGAACCCUGAUAAAUUCUCGUUAUUUUACUUACUAUACACCCGCCCUUUCACAUUUGAAAAAAAUUUCCUAUUAUAAAUAUUAUAAGCUAUUACAAAUAAAAAUGUAAUAAACUGUAAUAACUGUAUAAAAAUAGGCAUUCAAAGUAAUUAAAUUAACAAAUUCUAGAAGUAAAAUACAAAGUUUAACUUUUCUUCUAAAUGCUGAUGUACUGCUGAUAAUGAACAUACCUGUUAUCUUAUCAAGUCAUGUUAGUCCAUAAUGCUAACAUCAUCUUGAUGCGUCGGCCAAGUUGUUGCUAUAAAAUAGAUUGAGUGCGAGGGUAUAUUGACAAGUCAAAUUUGGUGAAGCACAUGAAUGAUGUGGAGUGAACGAACAAUUUGGUGGUGCAUUGUUUUUAUAUGCGUGAAACAGGGAGUUUCCCAGAAUGUUUCGAGCUUGAGUAAAGUGAGUGAAAACUGUGAAUCCGGAAAACGACAAGACUGUGCUGAUUGUCGCACAGUGAAAAUUUGUAGCUAUGAUCAAACCGUUUUAACAAGUUACAAAUGUCAAGAUGUGGAGCCCGAUAAGCCUUAUUGUGUCGGAAGUGGUAUAUGUUCUUCAGAUUAUGAUUCAGAAAGCGCUUGUGGUGUGGCAGAUGAUCUGUGUCCUUCAACAAAAGCUGGAUUUUAUCCAGACCCUUCCAACUGUACGCAGUAUAUUUAUUGUGAUGAGAAAAAAAUUGCAACGCCUGUGAGUUGUCUUGCUGCCAAUAAUGCCUAUAACCAUUCGUCUUCAUCGUGUUUCCUUCGAAAAGUGCUAGACGAUUGCUUCCAAGUGAAUUGUGAAUUGCUGCAAAAUCGUAAUAAAUGGUUUAUUUAUAAGCCAUUUCCUCAACUUUACUUCUUUUGCUCAAUGAGUGGCUUGCCUGUGAUGUUUGAAUGUCCUCGCGAAUUCGAGGUGUAUGAUGUGAAACUGCAACGAUGCAAGUUUGAAUGUCGAGAAAGUGGUCGUUUUCCGUAUCCGGGAGAUAACAAAAAAUACUACGAAUGUGUCUACGUUACACCUUUCAAGUUGGAAUUGUUCGAGCAGCGGUGUCCAUUGCAGCUUACAUAUGACGAAGAAAAAAGGAUCUGCAAUGUAAAGUGAAAUGACUAUCAAAUAAAUUGUGUUCACGGCUAAUAAACCUAACGUUACGAUACCUUCAUAAAAUGUUGUUGUUAGUUAAUAUAGCUAAUCUACAAUAUGGUGGUACAAUUGUUAAAUGGUAUCCGUUGAUUUAAUGUGCGUUGCACGGCACUAAAUAAACUAACAUUAUAUGAAUCUAUGUACAGGUCAUGAAGAUUUCACAAUAUAUCAUUCAUCAUUUUAACAAAGGAGCACCUUUCAUCUUCAAUUUACACCAUUCAAUAUUCUGAUUUCUAAAACCGCUUCCAUGUUUGUCAGAAUGAUUAGAAACAAUUCACACAUACUUAUUGUGCCAGAUUGCGAUGUAAAAGUAGGGCUGACGGCAUUUUCAACGCAAACACGCGGGCGAAUAAAUAGUGUUUGUAGCGCUUUUUCUGCUGAUUAGGUUUCAAUAUCAGAAAGCAUUCACAUCGUCAAUAACCAUGGUGAAAUAUAGAACGGUGUGCCUGUGCCUAAUGCUCGUGCUGGGUGCAUCAAAUGGGCAAGGCAUUUAUCCGGACUAUCUGGAUACAAAUAUUUUUGACCCGCAAAGCUCUUCUGAGGAAAUGAUAUCGCCGGAUAAUGACGUGCCAAGUUCAUUAUGGUACAGUACUUCAUACAGUUUACCACUCUCGCCACAAUUUAUAGAUAGAAACUUGACUGGAAGCUGUACUAAUACUUCCACAAUCGUGUGUACCGGAUGUCGACGCGUGCGCGUCUGCAUUCCAGGGAUCAGUGACCAGUCAUUGUUGCCGGAAAACAAUUGUCCCUCGGGCACGUACUGUAAUUCGAUCGAUGCUGGUACCAGAGGAGCAUGCCUGGCUACUGUAGAUCCCUUGUUUCCAGAGUGCAGAUAUACUACAGGAAUCGGCGAGGGUAAUGGAGCAAAUAGUGGCAACAAAGUUGGUUUACUUUGCACGGGAUUGGGAGUAUUUCCCGAUCCCCAGGAUUGCAUGAAAUUCCACUACUGUACAUCUGUUGGAAGCUACGCCCGGUUAUUCAAAUGUCCGUCGGGUUACGUAUAUAACUCGAAAAAGAAAACCUGCAGCAGAAACACUCGAUGUCAAACGGUACGAUGUCGUCCAAAUGGAAGAUCUAUAUUUAUACCGUUUCCGCAGGAUCCUACAUACUAUGCGUAUUGCAAUUACAACCGUCGCCGAAAUCGACCAGUGUUGAGGAACGUGGUGGUGUACAAAUGUACCGAAGGCUCGGAAUUUAAUUCAUUGUCUAACAGCUGCGUAUUUAAGUGCUCGAGGGAAGGUUUUUUGCCAAAACCCGGCGAUCCCACGAAAUUUUACUGGUGUCGAAGAGUUAGUGGCAAUUUGUUUGGGUAUGAGCAAGUGUGUCCAGGUUUGGGAUCUUUAUUUAGUGCCAAGCUUGGAAUUUGUUUACCACCACUUGUCACCACCACUACGGAGAUGUCGCAAAUGAUGAGUGAAAGUAGUUCCACUACUGAAUUAAUCGAUCAGCAAACAGAGAGUUCAAAUUUACCAACCGGGUCAGACGAACCAGUGCAGCUUCCUCCUUGGCCUCAAUGGUCCUCAUUUCCCGUAUCGUUGUAAUAUGUAAUGCUACCAUUGCGACAUUGACAAUAUAAAUGAAAUGAUGGAGGAUUCUGUCGUCUCAUCUAAUACCAAUUAUCUAGUCUGGACAGUUCCUCCGUUAGCAAGGAUUGACUAUCUGGAUGCUUAGUAAAAUAAGUCUAAUGAUCAAUGUCUAGUAUUUGCGCGCUAAAACCAUCAAGAAUUUAAAAAAAUAGAUUUAGUAGUGCUGCUCAUUUAAAUACUGUGAAAUAUUAUCAGUUUUUAUAUUCAUCACCAGAUUCAUUUGUUAUAUCUAUUAUCAUGGGUCAAGUGUACAAUACAGUAAAAAAAAUCUGAAUUCAAUUAUUUUGUGUAUGAUAUACGCUUAUGCUUACCACUUCUUUCUGAAAAAAGAUAAAAUAAAUAUGUUGUCGGAGAUUUACAAAAAACCACAAAAAAGAAAAGAGAAAUCUUGUUCCCGUAUUAUCUAUAAUUGGAGCGUGUUGUUGUAAAAUGAUUAAAUUGACUUAAACCUAUCGAUGUUAUGGAUAGUUUCUCUUAAAAAAGAAAUUCAAUGCAAUUAAUGCACGUUAUAAAAUUUGGGAACUAGAUAGACGUGGGUCAUACAAUUCAUUUCUCGAUCCGACCUGGAGUCGGUUUCGAGCCUGUUUUAAUAAAUUUCGACUCGGCGAUCCAGCGGGUGCGUUAGGUUGGAGUCGGAAACAAAUCCAACCGGCGGAUGCAACGUGUUCGGGUUGCGCUAAGGUAGGUUCAGUCUGACCCGUGUUUGCGUCCAACUGGUCAAAAAUGUACAGACGGUUUUACCUUACCGAACAGCACCAUAUUUUGUCGAAAUAUUACCACAUAAUUAUUAUAGUUACACCACCCAAUUAAAUUAAAUAAAUACGAAAAAAGAGCAAUAUUUUGGGAGAAAACAUUG